AUGGCCGGGACAUAUUCGCCGGAGAAAUGCUCCAUGUGGAUUGACCUGAACAGAGAAGAGGCGGAGGAGAAUAAAAAUGAAGAAGGGUCAUCAUCAGUUGAAGACGAAGAACAAGCCACAAGUAGUAACAACGUGAGACAGUAUGUUCGAUCCAACAUGCCUCGGCUUCGAUGGACGCCUGAUCUUCACCUUUCCUUCAUCCGUGCUGUCCAACGACUAGGCGGUCCACACAGAGCGACGCCGAAAUUGGUUCUUCAAAUGAUGAAUAUGAAAGGACUGAGUAUUGCGCAUGUCAAGAGUCACUUACAGAUGUAUCGGAGUAAGAAGCCAGAGACGUCAUCUCGAUACAGCAGCUAUUUGUUGGACAUGAUCCAUAUCCCUUAUGGCGGUUUAAGAAAUGUCUACAACUCUAAAACCGUUCCAACAAGGGUACUAGAUCAAGACGCAGUCUAUGCAAAUCUUGGAGGUAACUUUCUGAUGCGACCUUCCAGCUGGUUUAGCGGGUUAACCGGAAAGGAAUCUCAUAACCGAGACAGAACAGAGAACAAGACUCUGCCUCUUCUUGAGAUUAGGAAGAGCAUCCAUGAGAAAAGAGUCCGAGAAGAAGAACAGGCGAGAGAAGAAUCAUCAUUGAAACGAUCAAAACUAAUGUCCGGAGGUGGUGGCAAUCAGUUCCCGGAGUUAGGAAUUUGUAGGCAAAGACCAAGAGAUGAUAUCAACACGAUGCUCUCACUCUCUCUGUUCUCGACAUCGCCGGGAGACCAUAGCAUAGUAGAGAGAUGA